UCAGACAGCCAGUUCAGGCCAGUUCACUAUUGCUGUAGUACUCAGUCUGUCCCACUGAGCUGUCAACCCAGCAGCCCUCUGUGCUCUCUGUGUGUCUGACAACAUUUUUCUAUUAAACUUAGCCCUUCUCUCUCUUCAACGACGUUUUCCUUCAGAUAACAGACGCUCUCUUCUCAUCAUGACUCGAAGGUGAUCUUCAGAGUGUCCAGGUGGUUCUGGGGUUCCAGGUUGGUGUGGUGAGAGAGCAAGCUAAUUGCAGGGAGGAGGACCGCCUGGGGCAUCUUGUCCCUGGCUCGCAAGUGACUAAGGCAGGCGCUCGGCAAACUGUUGUGCAGCAUGGAGAAAGAAGACCAGAAAAUCCUCAACAAAGGGGAGGAAGAGGAGAUGGAGCUGCAGGGCUACCGUCUGUGUCGAUGGCGACUGGCUCUGGUGGGCCUCGGGGUGCUGUGUACGGGGGGCUUCCUCCUCCUGCUGCUCUACUGGAUGCCAGAGUGGUGCGUGAAAUCCACCUGCACCCGUACCACAGCCCGUGAUGCCGAAGUGGUUUUGCUGCGCUCCACGGAUGAGUUCCGGCGCUGGUUCCUGGCCAGGGUUCGAGUGAUGCUGGCCCCAGGGAGCAACCCCUUCCACAGCCUGGACACCCAGACCACCUCCCCUUCCUCCCCCUCCUCCCCUUCCCGCCCCUUCUCCUCCCGUGCAUCCCCACCUCUGGCCAAUGGACAUACCCCCCACCCCUCCGAUGGCAGCCCCGCUCAGGAGCUCAUCAGUAGAUUUGCCGACUACCAGCCCGUACAGAUUCGCUAUUUUACCUUCCAUAGCACAAAGUAUUAUUGGAGCGACGAGGUCCAGAACUUCGAAGUUUUAACCGGCCUGGAGGAUCUGCAGGUCAGCUGCUCCACCCUCCACUCGGAGCACAGUACAGGCCUGUCUAGGAACCAGCAGGAGUACAGGAAACUGUUCUUCGGAGUGAAUGAAAUUGCAGUGAAAGUGCCUUCUGUUUUCAAGCUGCUUAUCAAAGAGGUCCUCAACCCUUUCUACAUCUUCCAGCUCUUCAGUGUGAUCCUGUGGAGUGCCGAUGAGUAUUACUACUAUGCUGUGGCCAUUGUUUUCAUGUCGGUCAUAUCCAUAGCUACCUCUCUGUACACCAUCAAAAAGCAAUACAUCAUGCUUCACGACAUGGUGGCAACUCACAGUAUCGUCCGAGUGUCUGUAUGCCGAGCCAACAAUGAUAUCGAAGAGAUCAUGUCCACUGAUCUGGUGCCUGGUGAUGUGAUGAUCAUCCCCAGCAAUGGGACCAUCAUGCCAUGUGAUGCCGUGCUGGUCAGCGGCACCUGCAUCGUCAAUGAAAGCAUGCUCACAGGUGAGAGCGUUCCUGUGACGAAGACCAACCUUCCGAAUCCAGCACCGGGUGACGGAGGGGAGGAGGGUGAGAGUACUUACAACACAGAGGAGCAUAAGAGACACACGCUCUUCUGCGGCACAAACGUCAUCCAGACCCGAUUCUACACGGGAGAACUGGUCAAGGCUGUGGUGAUCCGCACAGGUUUUAGCACCGCCAAAGGCCAGCUGGUGCGCUCCAUCCUUUACCCAAAACCCACCGACUUCAAGCUGUACCGCGAUGCCUACCUCUUCUUGUUGUGUCUGGUGGCUGUGGCUGGAAUUGGCUUUGUCUACUCCAUCGUCCUCAGCAUCAUGAACAAGGUGCCAGCUAAGACCAUCAUCAUUGAGUCCCUGGACAUCAUCACCAUCACUGUGCCACCCGCACUGCCUGCCGCAAUGACAGCUGGCAUUGUGUAUGCCCAGCGGCGCCUCAAAGACAUAGGCAUCUUCUGCAUCAGCCCACAGAGGAUCAAUAUCUGUGGACAGAUCAAUCUGGUGUGCUUUGACAAGACUGGAACUCUGACUGAAGAUGGGUUAGAUAUGUGGGGAGUCCAGAGGGUUGAGAACGGCAGGUUCCACAUGUCAGAGGAAAAUGCCUAUAAGGAAAGUCUUGUCAAGUCCCAGUUUGUGGCCUGUAUGGCCACCUGCCACUCUCUCACCAAAAUAGAUGGCCAGCUGUCUGGAGACCCACUGGACCUAAAAAUGUUUGAGGCCACAGGCUGGAUCCUGGAGGAGGCCACUGAAGAGGAGACAUCCCUCCACAACCGUAUCAUGCCCACUGUGGUUCGACCCCCAAAACAGCUGCUUCCCCCAGAGCCUGCCACAUCACCAGAACAGGACAUGGAGCUCUUUGAGAUCUCGUCAGUGUAUGAGAUAGGUAUCGUGCGCCAGUUUCCUUUUUCUUCAGCACUCCAGAGAAUGAGUGUGGUGGCUCGUCUGCUGGGGGAGAAACGUAUGGAUGCCUAUGUGAAGGGAGCGCCAGAAGUGGUGGCUAGUCUCUGCAAGAAAGAUACAGUGCCAGAGGACUUUGCUGAAGUUUUGGAGGGCUACACCAAGCAGGGUUUCAGGGUCAUAGCUCUGGCACAUCGUCGACUUGAAUCCAAACUCACCUGGCAUAAAGUUCAGAAUGUCAACAGGGAUCACAUUGAGUCAAACAUGGAGUUUCUGGGUCUGAUCAUCAUGCAGAACAAGCUCAAAGCAGAAACGCCCGGGGUGCUGCAAGACCUCUACAGAGCACACAUUCGCACUGUCAUGGUUACUGGUGACAACAUGCUGACAGCCAUCUCUGUGGCCCGGGACUGUGGCAUGAUCCCUCCUCAGGACACAGUUAUCAUUGCUGACGCUCUCCCUCCACAUAAUGGACAAGCCGCCAAAAUCACCUGGAGAUACGCCGACAAGCCCACCAAGACAUCUCGUCUGGAGGAAGUGACUAUCAGUCUGGAGGAUAAUUACCACGUAGUUGAGCAAAAAACACAAGAGCUGUAUCACUUUGCUAUGAAUGGAAAAUCAUUUGCUGUCAUCGAGGAGCAUUUCCCUGACAUGCUUCAAAAGCUGGUGCUUCAUGGGACAGUGUUUGCCAGAAUGGCUCCCGACCAGAAAACUCAACUCAUUGAGGCGCUGCAGGGUGUAGACUACUUUGUGGGGAUGUGUGGAGACGGAGCAAACGACUGUGGGGCUCUCAAGAGGGCUCAUGGUGGCAUCUCUCUGUCGGAGCUCGAGGCCUCUGUGGCCUCUCCGUUCACCUCUCGGACCCCCAACAUCUCUUGUGUACCCAGCCUCAUCAGGGAGGGGCGUGCUGCUCUCAUCACAUCCUUCUGUGUGUUCAAGUUCAUGGCCCUCUACAGCAUCAUCCAGUACAUCAGUGUCACUCUCCUCUACUCUAUCCUCAGCAACCUUGGAGACUUUCAAUUCCUCUUCAUCGAUAUUGCCAUCAUCCUCCUUAUUGUCUUUACCAUGAGUUUAAAUCCAGCGUGGAAAGAGCUGGUGUCGCGUCGUCCCCCAUCAGGUCUCAUCUCAGGGCCUCUGCUGUUCUCUGUGCUGACCCAGAUCCUUAUCUGCUUGGGCUUCCAGACCAUUACAUUCCUCUGGGUCCGACAUCAGCCCUGGUACACAGUCUGGACACCACAUACAGACGUCUGCAACCAGUCAUCACACAUUAACAUGUCCGACCACAACGACACAGAAUUGGAUGACCACAACAUCCAGAACUUUGAGAACACCAGCCUCUUCUACGUCUCCUGCUUCCAGUAUCUCAUUGUUGCCAUCGUUUUUUCAAAGGGAAAACCUUUCAGGCAGCCGAGCUACAAGAAUUGGCCUUUUGUGCUGUCUGCCUUUGGUUUGUAUGUGUUCCUGCUGUUGAUCAUGUUCUGCCCUGUCAGAAGCAUUGACGAGUUUCUAGAGAUUGUUUGUGUCCCGUUUGAGUGGAGGGUAAAACUCUUCUUCAUCGUCUUAGUCAACGCUGCUGCGUCUGUUUUGAUGGAGACCUUCGUCCUUGACAUCAUCUUAUGGAAGCUUGUGUUCAGCCGAGACAAACAGGGCAGCUUUGUCGACACUCCCGCUGCACCGACACCACAGAGGGGCAUUAACCUGGGGGCAUACAAGUGUCUCUCCUGGCUAUGCUGCCCAAGCAAGAUGGCACCCAAGGCCCGCUACAUGCAUCUGGCCCAGGAGCUCAGUGUGGACCCCGACUGGCCUCCAAAGCCAACCACUACGACUGAAGCCAAGCCUCGCCCAGAAAACGGCUCCACCUAUCACAUCAUGGUCAACUCCUAGCACACCCAAAGUCCCUCGCAUUAUUUAAAUAAGCCCUAAACAUGUGUUCAGUGAACACGCAUUCAACCUCUUGAAAGCAAAUUGUCACAAGAUAUUUGGUUGAUACUUGCGUCUUAUACUGUAGUUCAAGAGCCUUUACUGCUAAAACCUUUCAGAGAAGUACCAAAUGAAUCUCAGUUUCAGUCCUGGCAGUACUCUUGCUCAUCCACUUAUGUCCUCUCAGGUCUCUCUAGCUUUGAGAAAGUGUCUAAAAAGUAACAGUAAAUGGAACCUCCUAUCUUCCUAGCUGAUCAAGGAAAAAUAAUUGCUUUUAUGCAAUUAUAAUGACAACAAGGCUGUCAAACUUUGAAACUAUGGUAUGGGCUAGAUGUCAAAGAGAAGCUACAUAGAACUAAGGCCUGAAAAAGGAUAGCCCACUCUGACUGAAACAGCAAGUGAUGUAGUUAGUGAAUGGAAAAGAGUGUGUGGAGAAGGCAAAAGAAAGAGGGUUCACUAUAAAAGGGAGAUGCUGUGUUAUUAAAAGCAGAAGGACCGAUGAGGUUGAAGGCGGGUGGGCUGAUGCAUAGAUACUGGUAAUUGGCUCAGAUUGCUACUAUGUAGUGGUCUUAGACUGCUAAUGUACUUAUAAAGAGCCAUUGUUAUUAGCUGGCAUUAUCACCUUGCAGGGACUUAACAGAAAGCAUUGAAUCCUAACCAAAAUGUAAAGCUCUAAAGCUUACAUUGGACCCCAAGGGAUGGACAAAAAUACACUCUACAGACCAGUAUCCAAACAUUCAUUCAAGCUUGCUGUGCAAAGUGGAAGACUGGAAAUGUUUGAUAGGCUACUGUCAACUCGUUCAUCUUCACACCCCAAACAGAUACACAGUUAUUUGUCACAGACCUGUGGAGGGAUCCAUAUUGGGUUUUUUCGUUUAUAGGAGGUUCGUUGUAGGGUUUUAAUAAAGAGAUUGUUCAGUAUAACAUUUUAAAAUAUAUAUAUAUAAAAUCAUUUCAGAAAGAGAUGAUUUUCAUCUCAGCUUUUAAAGACGUUAGCAUAGCAAACCCUUUAGACUGAUUAAUUGACUGACCUGAAAGAAAUACUGUAUCAUUUAUUGCCAUGUAAUUGAGCACAGACAUUAAAUGCUCCAGCUUUUUCAUGUACUUCCACAAAUUGCUCAACAACUCUUAACUUUCUAACAGGAGACCUCAGAAACUUAUGGCUGAAUCUUCAUCCACCCAAGCUGUACUUUCACACUAAUGCUAUGAUUGCAUGCAAAAUACUUAAUGUCGGCUCAUUGGCAUUGUAUAACAGGGAACAUCAUGGCUUUUUCUCUGGCAUUCUCUGCAGGACAACUUUUCGUUCCUCUGGUAAAUAUCUAGGAACAGCAAACCUGUCUUCUUGGGCUGUUCAUUUGGGCCUUUAAUGUGGUUAAACACCUCAAACAUUUGUGUUUGUGUCUAUAAGCCAUGUCCUGUCAGCAUAUUAUAACAUUCAACAGGGAACAGAAAGCAUCCUAUGACUUGCAUGAAGCCAGCUUCCUGUCAUCCCGUCAUCAUGUUCUGCAGACUUGAUGGUUUCAGUCCAGCAAAUAUACUACAAAUAUCACAUUACUGUUGAUUACAUCGACAUUUCUGUAUCUGAAAGAGGAAACCGCAUGGCUGGAUAAUGUUGAUAUGUUAUCACAUGCAUGACAUCAUAUAGCAUCCUACAGCUACAAAGCCAUUUCAGAUCAUCUCCAAAGCCAGCAGUUCUUCGAAUGUGUCCUUUUUUAAAAGAAAUUCUUCCCAUGGAAGACUGAUAAAACAUGAAAGUCAGUUUAGGCAAAGCAUUUAUGCAUCUCAUCAGCUUGCUGCUCUAGGCACUUUUAAACAUCCAUGCAACAACACAAGCUGCAUAAACUGGAUGGACCAUAUAUCAUUGUAUUCCUGCAUUGAAUAUAAAGUAGGCUACUUGCAUAGAGAGCUAAGGGCUAUAUUUUAUGUUCAGUGCUCUUUCCUUUGCGUUUUAAGAGUUGCUCCCCAAAAGCUUUUUGCUAAGCAUCAAACACUUGCUGGAAACUUCAGAGGUGGCUGAAUAAAAGGAGCCUCCUCCUCAGUAAAAUCUGGCCUGACUAGAUUGAGAAGCAGUUCAUAGUACAUGAAUGACUAAUGAAGCUUUAUUUCACAUUAGGCUAAUUUUCCAGCUGAAAAAAAAAUGUCAUUUGAAUUCAACUAAGGAGAAAGCAACUGAUUUAUUUUACAGCAAUCAUGUGUUUGAUACUCAAAUAGGCAGAUUUGGGGUGGAGCAGAACUGUACAAGUCCAACGCACAAAGCCAGUAUAACUUGAUUUAUCAUUGCAGCCUGCCUUCCAAGAGUUGUAAGCAUUCAUGGUUUCACCAAUCUCAUGUUUCCUAGAGUAUGCCAUUUCAAAAGUCUAUCAACUUUCCUGUAAUGUUGCUCUUUUUGCUCAAAAAAUUGAACAACUUAUUUUGCAAAAAUCUGGUAAAAUCACUGGAUCACAUGACUCAUAAUCAUGUAUAACACAUGACAUCACAUUUACCUUGUCCACUGGUUAUCACUGAUUUAGUACUAUAACAGUAAAAUCAAAAAUUUCCUUCUAUACUACUAAUAAAAAAAAAAGCUAAAAGCCAUCGCUAGAAUAUUGUAAUAAAUUUACAAAUUAUUCUGUUUUAAUGAUAAAUUCAAAUAUGAUCUGUGACCAUAGCUUAAAUGAAAACAUUGUUUAUUUGAUAAUCAAAGCUCAAGUGUUUUGUUAUAGUAUUUUUGGUGAAUUAUCAGUGUGUAAAGGAUAUUAACAUGGUGAGAAAUACAAAAUCCAGUUCAUAUUGACUUCCUUGUGCCAUUUUGUGGAAAGACUCUGAAACACUGUUGGACACAGAAAAUAAAAGUAAUUUGGACAUUUCUGUUUAAAAUCAAAAGUUAUGUUAAACAUGGUCGCAAAUUUUUGUCUUUACAUUUGUUUUCACAUUAUUUUAGUAACCUACAGAGGCUUAAACUGAAUGUUGUGUAAAGAACAAAAUUUCUUGAUUUAUUGCAAGGCAAUACAAUGAUUAUUGAAUCUAUUUCCAAAGAGUUGUUUUGUUACAUUUGUAUUUGAAACAAAAAAAGAAACAAAAAUGAAAGUUUAAAUUUAGGCUGUUUUACUUUUUCUUAUAUAAUUUGAUUCAGCAGAAAUUGACUUUAAAGGUAACAGUAAUUGUAGAGAUGGAUUCUAUCUGUAUAUAUGAGAUGUACAUUUCUAGUGUGUGCAUAAAAGUCUAAAGAUUUAGUGAUAAUAAUGUAUGGUUUUUGAAUUAUCAAAGGGCUGGUGUGUGUUUUUCUACUAUUUUGGUACUGUGUUGCAAUCAGUCUGCUUUUGUUUUAAUAAUGUCUGUUGAAUUUAUUUGUAGCUUCACUUUUGUUAACUUGCAUUUUCUCGGAUUUCCUUAUUUGGGCAUCCUGGGCAUUUAUUUCACAGAAUGAAUCCGUUAUUGUGAAGUAUGAUUUGGGCACUUGGAUUAAUGUUUGGUUUGUCCUGGUUAAAACACAAUGAAACACAUGUCUGCUUCAGAGUUUGAAGAAAGUUUAAAAAAAAACAUCCUGAAGGGGGAGAUUUUUCCUUUGGGUUAUUGAAGUAGACUCUGUCUUCUGCUUACUGCUUGCCUGUUUUUUUCUAAAUACUUUUCUAAAGAAGGGAAUAUAACUCAUUCAGUCUUUCUGGCGCCUCUCCGCAAAGUCACAAUUAGAGCAACUUCUGACAAUCUUUACUUUUCUCUUUGUUUCUGUCUAAAUGUGCUCAUUUUACUGUUAAACAUUUUUUUCAUCCAUACAUUUUUAAAUGUAAUUGGCGAAAAGAAUGUGCACUGCUGCUCAAUAUCAGCAGUCUAUUGAAAAAAGUGAUAAUAUUGCUGCUAUGGGCAAAAUGGUUUAGUCUCAGCUGUAUCAUAACUGUGCACCUUAAUACAGAAAAGUCACCAAUUUACUGAAGUGCAAAGUGUAAAUACAAGUUUUUCUUCUACGCUACAGCUUUGCCUUUCAAUCUGACACUGACAUGUCAAAGCAAUGGAUUUUAUGCUGAAACCUCUUUGCUCCUAUACAGGUACAACAUAUACCGACUGUUGACAGUUAGCAUUGGCCUCAUAUUCACAUCAUGUGUUUUAAACAAACCAUCGAAUGGCAUUCAGAUUGAGUCAGCCACUGAGUAUUUGAAGACUCAUGUGGAUGUUGUUUCCUCAGGGAAAUGUGUCUAUUUGUAAUGGAUAGAAAAAUGAUAAACACCCAAACUAUAAAAAAAUUAAUGUUGGUAAAUGUUCAUUUCAGUCUAUCUAUGUAUGUCUGCUAUUUCAAUACAGUUUAUUUAGUGUUUUUUUAUUUGAAGCUCCCUCACCUCAGCAAGGAGCUCAUCAUGGGGUAUGUGUAUUGUUUAUAUUGGCAAAAAUGUGAAUUUUUGCUUUGAAAAUUUUUGUACCUUAUAAUUUAUUUUUUAUUUAUUUUCAUUUAUUUUCCCCUGAUUUUAUUUCAGAUUUAUCUUGAUUUCUUUUCUUUUCAAUAAAUGUUCUCAAAACUG